AUGAUUGUUUUCGUUGUGUUUGAUGUUUUGUUUGUUGUAGUUGUUGUUGCUGAUGAUGAUGAGCAGAAAGACGUCCUCUCAGCAGGAUUUGAGGCCAUAUUUAUACCCGUAGGCCUCGAGUUGAAGCCGUACUGA